GUUCUUCUCGCUGAUCUUCAUCAUCUUCGAUUUUAUUUAUAUAUUUCAAUUAUUAGAAACAUUGCAAAGUGCAAGAGACACAAUAGAAUACAGUAUUAUCAUUGUUGGAUCUCUAUUGAUCUUGUACCUUAAUUUUUACGUUGGACAAAAACUUGCGAAUCAGAGUAACGCAGUUUUCGAAGAAAUGUGUAAAAUACCAUUUUAUAUGCUAUCUAUAAAAGUUCAAAAAUUGUUAUUAUUUAUGAUAACCAGAAGCGGUAAGCCAUGCAUGCUUUCGAUUGGUGGUAUGUUCGUGGCGUCACAUGAAGUAUUCGCUGGGAUUAAAAAUACAUCAACCAUUUGAGGGUGAUCAUAUACAUAUAAACAAUGUUUGGCUGCAUAGAACAUUUCAGGAAGAAUAUAAUUGGAUAAUGGAUAUAAUCAAGUGUCACAUAAGAGUUACGAAAUGUAAUAUUCCAUUCUACAAUCUUUCAAUAAGAACUCAAAAGUUGCUAUUAUUCUUAUUAACUCGAAGCAUCAAACCGAUCGAGCUUUCAAUCGGUGGUGUAUUUGUAGCAUCUCACGUAGUUUAUGCAGGGUUAUUACAAAAAGCAUUUUCCUUCGCCACGAUAUAUUACAACAUGUUGCAAACCUAAAGAAUCUAAACGAAAAUGAAAAUACUGUGUAUCAAUUAUUCUCCGUCGAGGAUGUCGUUUUUCUU